AUGGCUCAAGCAGAGAGAAGAGUCGGCCUGAGAGAACUCAUCCGAGCUGCAGGCAUCAUCUCGUCCACUACUCGACAGCCAUGCUUAUCCACACCCUCCCAACCCAAUAGCCUCACAAGCGAAGAGCACCGCAUGCAAGCCCGAGACAUCCUGAUCAAACAGCGGCAGAAGAAACCAGAAAACAAAAAUGCUGUAUUGAAGCGCAUCUUCAAAAGCCCUCAAGAGAAGGAAAAGGCACUAGAUACAGCGCAAUGGGAGUUCUCCCAUGAUGAGCUGGACCAAGCUCUGUCUGCGGUCAUCCGCAAUCCUGAUCCAAACCCUGGCCUCGUGUCAGCACUUCUGGAAAUGGGGGCAGGAGUUAACUUCGUUGAUGCUUCUGGCAAGAGAAGAACCAAGAGCAACACAUCCAACCCCACUCCUCGCCGUCGAAGCACAGUGUUGCAGCAAGCUGUGACUUUUCGUAAGCCCGAAUCCGUCAAGCUACUCGCCUAUUCUGGCGCCGACCAGACCACCCUGGAUGAGGGACUGAAGGCUGCCCUUUUUGCAAAUGAUCAAGCAUGUAUCGAGGAGCUGUUGCGCCACGGAGCGGAUCUCAACAGGUUUCCCAAUGCACUUGGGAAUGCCGUACUGUCAAACGACCAGAACCUCGUUCGAUUACUGCUCAGAGCGCCCAAAGCAUUGCGCUCUGAGAUUAUAUCCUCCUGCCUUUCUGCUGCUGUGCGUCAAAAUUCCGAACCUGUUGCAUCGCUACUCAUCGCUCAUGGCGCCGAUCCCAACUUCGAUUCGGCCGGUGCCCUCAACAUGGCUAUUGGGAAGGAAGAUUGGAAGAUGACUCUCACGUUGGUCGCCGGACCAAUCCCUCUCACAUCGCAGAACCUGCAAAGACUGCUUGAUACUGUAAUGCGGCUGCGAACAUGUGCAGCUACAUUACAGUUUUUACAGUUAUUGUUCUGCUGCGGCUUGCCCCCAACCAGCAUUGGUCUGCCUGAUCUUCUGAUCUGUCGCGUGCGCAAGAACGACACUCCGGGGUCUAAGAUGAUGAUCAACCACGGAGUCCCUACUACCACGAACGAUGCCGAGUGCCUAAGACUUGCCAUAGGAAAUCAAAAUUGGGUUCUAGUCGACGCCAUAAUGAAUACACCAAUCGAAGCAUCGCAUGCAGCAGCAGCGCUUCCUCUAGUGUUUGAUUCACAGGGCCAAAGGCACCCAAGAACCCUCGCGUUGUUGGACACACUACUGCCAUACAGGACUGAGGAUACAUCGACACUUCAGACUUUGCGAAUCGCGAUCGAAGGCGGACCAGAAAAUCUUGACAUCGUGGAGAGACUGCUUGCAGCCAAUUCCAAGUUGCUUGGACCAGCAUUCCAGUACACAAUAGCUCUCCAAGAUGAGUCCAAGAAAGCACCGCUCACGGAAGCACUGCUGAAGCUGGGUAUUCCUCAAGAGGCUCUCGACAAGGCAUUGAGGACGGAGACGCAAUACACAACAGCAAACGCAAACAAAGAUCUCAGCACAGCCACAGUGCUCAUGAGUCAGGGAGCUUGUGUGAGCGGCUUUGCCCUGUGA